AAACGAAUAAGAACAAUUUUCACUACAGAGCAGUUACAAAGUUUAGAAAAACAAUUCGAGCAGCAGCAAUACAUGGUUGGAUCAGAAAGAUUAUUCCUCGCUUCAUCUCUUCAUCUGACAGAGGCUCAGGUCAAAGUUUGGUUUCAAAAUAGGAGGAUAAAAUGGAGAAAA